AGCUUCAUCCUACCGCCAUGCAAUUACAGCUCGACAUUUCUUUCAAUUCCCCUGCCUUGUUUUGUCGCCCUUUUCAUUCCCGAUUAAGAAUUAUUCAUCUCCUAUUUAUCUCGAACUGCAUACACACAUAGGAGACUAAGUCGAUACUAUGAACGGCGACAGCUAUUCUUCUCGAGACGCCCGUCACGGCUCGUCUCGGGAUUAUCCUCGCGAUGACCGCCGAGACCGAGGUGAUCGACGAGACCGAAGACGAAGUAGAUCGCCCCGUCGGUCGCAUCGUGAUGCUAGGGAUGAGGAUGCGUAUGCUUCUAGUCGAAGCCAUCGAGACCGCGAGCGCGAAGAUCGAUACGGAGGUGGCCGAGAUCGUAGAGACCGAGAAUGGGAUCGCGACCGGGGCUCGAGGAGAGACAGUCGUCGCGAGGAAGCUGCUCGACCUCCUCGACGCGACCGCGAUUUGUUCGAAGAGAGGCGUGGCGGCGGCGGCGGCGCUGGUGGUGAUAGACGGGAUCGCGAAAGGAUUGAUCGGAUGCGAGAUGAAGACCUCUUCGCCCAGAAUCGACGAGGGCGUAGUCCGACACCGCCACCUAAGAAGCGGGAGCCGACGCCAGAUCUGACCGAUAUUGUUCCUGUUCUAGAGCGCAAGCGACGUAUGACACAGUGGGAUAUCAAACCCCCCGGCUACGAGAAUGUCACUGCUGAACAAGCUAAGCUAUCCGGAAUGUUCCCUCUCCCCGGAGCGCCUAGACAACAACCCAUGGAUCCUACGAAGCUACAGGCUUUUAUGAAUCAACCAGGUGGAACGGUGAACAGCGCGGCAUUGAAACCAGGCAAUUCCCGACAGAGCAAGAGACUUAUCGCCUACAAUAUUCCUCCGGGUUCGACCGAGGAGAGUAUCAUGGGCUUCUUCAACCUUCAGUUAAACGGCCUCAAUGUUGUCGAGAGCACCGAUCCCUGUGUUCUAUGCCAAAUAUCCAAGGAUCAGUCAUUCGCCCUUCUUGAAUUUAGACACGCUUCUGAAGCUACUGUUGCUCUUGCUCUCGAUGGUAUCUCGAUGGAGCCAGAGGAUGCUACGAAUGGUUCGGUUAAUGGGAGCGGGCAUGGCUUAAAAAUACAACGACCGAAGGACUACAUUGUGCCUGCCGUUGUUGAAGAGACCCCGUAUAAACCUGGUGUCGUUUCUAACGUCGUCGUUGAUACCCCCAAUAAGAUUAGCAUCACAAACUUGCCCCCUUAUCUCAACGAAGAGCAAGUUAUGGAGCUUCUGACCUCAUUUGGCGAGCUUAAAGCGUUGGCCUUGGUCAAGGAUACGGGAACGGAAGAAUCUCGCGGCAUCGCAUUCUGCGAAUUUGUGGAUCCUGCCGCGACGGACAUCGCGAUUCAGGGUCUAAAUAAUAUGCUUAUCGGCGACAAGAAUCUCAAAGUGCGAAAAGCUAGCAUAGGGAUCACCCAAGUAGCUGGUGUUGAGAUGGGUGUCAACGCCAUGUCUAUGCUCGCAGGCACCACUGCCAACGACUCAGAGGAGACUCGGGUGCUGCAGUUACUCAACAUGGUGACCCCAGAGGAAUUAAUGGACAACGACGAUUAUCAAGAAAUAUGCGAGGAUGUCCAAGAGGAAUGUUCCAAAUUUGGCCGUGUGCUGGAUAUUAAAGUACCGCGACCUACUGGUGGUAGUCGACAAUCCGCGGGAGUUGGGAAGAUUUACGUCAAAUAUGAUACGACUGAGUCGGCGAAGAAUGCUCUGCGAGCCCUCGCAGGCCGAAAAUUUGCUGACCGUACAGUCGUAACGACGUAUUUCCCAGAGGAGAAUUUUGAAGUAGGAGCAUGGUAAUGGCGGAAAAGGGGCUUGUGCUGCCCUUUUACCCUUGGGUGUAGUGACUUGAUAUAUCGAGAAUACAACCCAUGGGUAGGUCAGAUUUGAGGUAUCGCAGAAAUCCAUAGGUUGCGAACUGUACAACAACAGACGUGCGCGAAGGGAGUAGUGCACUAAUCAGGUGAAUUUACAAGCACUAUCGGCCUUAAGGCUGAUACACGUGUUAAUCAUUCAUUAGAACGAUAACAAUAAUAAUCGUUACGAGUCAUGGGCUGAAAUGUGAAGUUAUAGAGUAGCUACUAUACCUAGAUGUGGGUAGAUGUGCUUAGAACGGAUGAUUUGCUAGCUAUUUUAAAUCCCGCC